CAUCUAGUAACCACCACUAGCGUAGCAUUUGUAUAUAUCGAUUCAAAAUCUGUAGCAUCGCACUCGAAUUCCAACUUUGGAAGAAAUGGAGGGCUCGUCGGAAGGAUCUCAUUCCUUGAACAAAGUAGACAAGUCAGCAGAAGGAGAUUAUCUUUCCAAAGCACUUCAACAUGCGCACGACGCCUAUAUCGCGGCCAAUCCACUGUCACUUCAAGCACACCAAGAUUCGGCAAAUCAUCUGCCAGGGGGGAAUACGAGGACAGUAUUGUAUGCGGAACCCUUUCCUCUCACAUUUGUGUCAGCUUCAGGAAGUACUCUGAGAGACAUUGACGGCCACGAGUACGUGUCGCUCGUUGGAGAGUAUAGUGCCGGGAUUUUUGGCCACUCCCAUCCAAAGAUUCUCGAGGCCGUGAACGAGGCAAUGAGACACGGGUGGAACUUUGGAGGCCAUUGUACAUACGAGAAGGAGCUCGCAAAAAGGGUCGUCGAACGAUUUCGCGCGAGCGGCAUCGAGCUCGUGCGUUUCACCAACUCCGGUACGGAAGCGAACACUUGCGCCAUAGGGGCCGCAAUUGCAUUCACGCAGCGUAAAAAAGUGCUCGUGUUUAGCAACGCAUAUCAUGGCGGAACGCUCAUGUUCUCCAUGGCCCUUAUGAGGGGAGACUUGAAUAGCGCCAACAUAAACUUGCCGCACGAGUUUGUGUUCGCCCCUUUCAACAACAUCGAGGAGACGCAGGAGAUCGUGGAGGCCUUGCCAAAGGAGAGUCUCGCGGCCAUCAUCGUCGAGCCAGUUCAAGGCUCCGGCGGCUGUCGUCCCGCCACAAGGGAGUUCAUGCUGUACCUUCGCAAGCUCGCGGAUUCGCUCGACUCCGUGCUUAUUGUGGACGAAGUUAUGGCGUCGCGCCUUGGAUACAACGGCUACUCCGCCACCUUGGGUCUGAAAGCGGAUAUUCUGACGCUCGGAAAAUACGUCGGCGGAGGCAUGACGUUCGGAGCCUUCGGUGGCAGACGAGACAUCAUGGACUUGUUUGAUCCUUCAAAGUCCAAGCUCAUGCAUCCAGGGACGUACAACAACAACGUUUUGACAAUGAACGCAGGCAUCGCGGGACUCGACGUUUACAACGCCGCGGAGGUCACUAGGCUGAAUGAUCUUGGCAAGGGCCUGAAAACGCGCAUUCAACAUCUCUUGAUCGAGGCAGGAGUUUACGGGUCCGUGACUUCAGAUCCCGCGGCGGAUUUCAUAGAGGUCGACAGCCUGAGAGGCCCGACAAAAGUGUACUGUGCGACGAACCUGGUGAAAUUGCCAACAAUGUUCGUCACCGGCAAAGGAAGCAUGGUCAACGUCCGCUUUUCUGGCACGCAUGCGAACAUUUUGCAAGGCUUGUUCUACCACCACAUGCUAGCACAGGGCAUCAGCAUCGCAUCAAGAGGAUUCACUCCGCUCCAUUUGGCUUUGUCGGAUAAGGAUAUCAGAAGAUACACUACAGCGAUUGAAGACUUCAUCAAUCUGCACAGACGCAGUCUUGUAUGAAGGUAAAACCGCACAGACGACAGUUCUCUCUGUGGUGCGAGCGAAUGAUAGACCCUUGUCAUUACUAUGCUGGUAGAUCCUAACUGAUGGUAACAGAACAGGGUAGCUUCUGUAUGAGUCGAGACAACACGAGAGAUGGCCUAUCGGAACGGCAGUUGGUUUUCGGAUUGCGUUGCAGAUGUUGGGUGGGGGCCUGUGAAUCACAUGCUAGCGCGCGACAGAAUUUAAAUUUUCUUCUCAUCAUCAAAUUCGACUUGCUCUCUGACGAGGUUCUAGUUUAUAUUACGUCCCUGUUACAGUAGUUGGGUUGGAGAAGGCUCUGUUAUCCUUGUAGUUGGAUGGAGCACACGAACUUUCUAUAGUCAAUUAAGAUCAGAUUUGAUCAUCUGCACGAAGU